CAAUAUUGUUUCCAAGGUACAUAUGCACUCCGAACAAUUUUUUAUGAUCACUUUUGCAUGUGUGAGCCCAGUUGGAAGCACUCAGGUGUGGCUGUACUUUUUUUUGAAGCAGCACGAAAAAGAGCUAAGAAGGCCAAGCAGGCUUUUGAACAGAUUAAAAAGGAGAGAUUCGACCGAUUUAAUACCUGCUUCGAGUCUGUCGCCACCAAUAUUGAUGAAAUCUACAAGGCCCUCUCUUAUAACAGCAGUGCACAGGCAUUCCUAGGCCCAGAGAACCCUGAAGAACCAUACUUGGAUGGAAUCAAUUACAACUGCGUGGCUCCUGGAAAGAGAUUCAGGCCGAUGGACAACCUGUCUGGAGGAACAAAAUGUCCACCAACUCAGGAUUAUGGACUUGUUCUGGUGAUUAGAGGCCUUCAUUGUACCCUUUGUCCCCAAAUACCAACCAAGAAACGGCGGGCUCCACAACCACCAAAGCCUUCGGGCCUAGCCUGCCCUCCCCCUCCAUCUGAGAGGGCACUCCAACCUCUGCCUCAACAUCAGGGAUCACACCAGCCCUCAUCUGCAAACAGCACUGAUCAUUAGUCCACAUCCUCCGAUCAGCAGCAGAGUCACACAGACAAACACACUGAUGAUGAUGAUUAUGAUAGAGGAAGCUGGAGCCAGAAACAGACACAAUGCAGAACAGGAACAGACCAAACAUAUCAACCGGACACAUAUCUUACAAUUUAAUGGGUGCAAAUAUAAAUUAAAAAGUAGAAAAGAAGAAACAUUUUUAACAUUAAACAUGAAUACAAUCUGUAACAUUAGCAGCCAAAAGUGAGUUAUGUAUAAAGAGUAAAGAGUUCUUACUGAAACACACUGCAGAUGGAGUUUCUAUCAGUGCUGCUGAGGUCAUCAGGUAGGUGUCUGUUGUUGGGGAAAUUUUUGUGCUCAGUUUUAAAUGAGAUUGAAAAAAAAUCAUCUGUAUGUACACAGGUUUAUUGUGAGGUUUAUUCUGAGUCAGAAUGAUGUAUUUUCAAAAUUACAAAAAUAAAAUGCUCACCUGUAACAUGUAGCCACACCUGUGUAAAGUAGGUGUUAUAUCUGACUGAUCCUUUUCCACUUUUCACACCAAAUAAAUAAAAUACUUCAUCA